GACGGCGCCGACCAGCUGGAGACGAUCGAGUCGUCGCCCGAGCUGUACACGCCCGAGCAGGAGCCGCGCCGGCCGGGCGAGCCGGCUCGCGGCCGCGGCCGCACCCCGCCACUGCCGCCCGUGGUGCCCUGGCACGGAGGACCUGUCGCCGGACGAGGACGGGCCGAUGACGCCGCCGGCGCCGCCGCCUCCGCCGCCGCCGCGCGUGCCGCAGCCGCGCCUCCAGCGGCCCAACAUCAUCCACAAGCGACGCGAGAGCGAGAACAAAACCUGGGGCGACCGCUGCGUGGACGCCUUCGAGCUGAUCGCGCAGGUCGGCCAGGGGACGUAUGGCCAGGUGUACAAGGCCAAGGACUGCGCCAGUGGCGAGGUGGUGGCAUUAAAAAAAGUGCGGCUGGAGAACGAAAAGGAGGGCUUCCCAAUCACGGCAGUACGUGAGAUCAAGAUUCUGCGCCAACUCAAUCACAAGAACAUAGUCAAUAUUAAGGAGAUCGUGACGGACAAGCAGACGGCUGUCGAUUUCAGGAAGGACAAGGGCUCGUUUUACCUCGUGUUCGAGUACAUGGACCACGACCUCAUGGGCCUGCUGGAGUCGGGCAUGGUGGACUUCGACGAGCCGUCCAACGCCAGUAUCAUGCGUCAGCUGCUGGAGGGACUCAACUACUGCCACCGCAAGAACUUCCUGCACCGCGACAUCAAGUGCAGCAACAUCUUGCUCAACAACAAGGGUCACGUCAAGCUGGGCGACUUCGGACUGGCGCGGCUGUACAACGCCGAGGAGUCGCGGCCGUACACCAAUAAGGUGAUCACGCUGUGGUACCGGCCGCCGGAGCUGCUGCUGGGCGAGGAGCGCUACGGUCCGGCCGUCGACGUCUGGAGCUGCGGCUGCAUCCUCGGCGAACUCUUCCAGAAGAAGCCGCUAUUCCAGGGCGCCAACGUGGAGAUGGCGCAGCUAGACAUGAUCUCGCGGUUGUGCGGCUCGCCCUGUCCGUCGGUGUGGCCGAGCGUGGUCCGGCUGCCGCUCUGGAGCACGCUCCGGCCCAAGAAGCCGUACCGGCGGCGCCUCAAGGAGGAGUUCUGGCACAUGCCGUCGGCAGCGCUCAGCCUCAUGGACAAGAUGCUCGAGCUCGACCCGAAAAAGCGCAUCUCGGCCGACGAGGCGCUCAAGAGCCCGUGGCUCAAGAACGUCAAUGCAGAGAAGACGCCGCCGCCCAACUUCCCCGUCUGGCAGGACUGCCACGAGAUGUGGUCCAAGAACCGGCGCCGCCAGCAGCGAGACCAGCAGGAGCCGGGCGCCCGGCCGGCGGAGGGCGGCGCCGGCCGCGACCGGGCCGCCACGGCCGCCGCCUCUGCCGUCGACACUGCCCGGUCUCCCCGGUCGUCCAAGCCGGAGUCGUCUCGGGACGGCGAUAGUCAGCCAGUGUCGACGACCACCUCGCCGCACACGCCGCCGCCGGUGGAGGCGCCGCCCGCCGCGGCCGUCGCCGCUGCCGCUCCCGCUGCCGCCGCCAUCCCUGAGCAGGCGUCCUCGCUGGCCAGCCUGCUGGAGGAGCUGCUGCAGCGCGUGGCCGACCGCCAGCCUGUCACGUGCGAGCACAUCACCAACAUCGUACACUGCCAGGUGGACUCGACCACGCAGCGGUUACUGGAGCCGGUGAACGCGCAGCUGCUGGUGGCCGCCUCGGAGCAGGCCGUCCAGCUGUCGCCGUCCGUCUGCGUGCUGGGCCCGGCCGGGCUGGCCACG